GAACGUACAAUUAAUGAAAACACUCAAAAUGAAGUAGAGAGUAAAGCUAUUAAAGCUAUUGCAAUUAACCCUAAUUGUGAGACUAGAGAUUUAGAUAAAAAAUUUCUAGAAUGCUUAAAUUGGGAAAACAUUGGGGUAGUCCCAGAAUUAGAGGUUGAUGAUAUGUAA